AUGAAUCGUCUACGCACACAUUACACAGGAACAACAGGAUCUACCCUAAUGACUGAUCGGUUCAAAUUCUGGCAUUCGUCCCAAAAUCAAGAUGAGACGGUCCAGGAUUGGGAGGUCCGAAAACGACAAGCCGGAAGCCUGUGUGAAUAUGGAGAAAUUACAGACAUUAUGUGUCGUGAUAAGUUUGUCUUUGGACUUUGUGAGGACACAGCACGAACUGAACUGUUAAAAACACAUCUGAGAACAGAUGGCACACAAAAAACAAUGUCAGAUGUUGUCGCAGAGGCCAAGUCAAUGGAAUCUGCUCGAGUGACAAACAAACUCAUCAGUGAUGCAUCAAAAGGGACAGAAGAGAAUGUUCACUGGACAAAAGCAACAAUACCACCACAACAAAGGAAGAAACACAGAGACAUAAAAUUGAGACGUGAGCCAAAUACUUGCCACUGGUGUGGAGACAAUAAAGGACCACAUCCUUGGGCAAAUUGCCCAGCUAAUGGACGUAAAUGCACAAGGUGUGGUGGAUUUGACCACUUUGCAAGAGUAUGUCUAGAACAACAAAAUGUCAGCCACCUUGGCAACAAGGGAUACAACAGACCCAACUACAACAGAAGAAAUAACCAACGUCCAACACAACCAAACAGCAAUCCGCAGGGUAUGGAAAAGUCGACCAACCACCUUCAUGCAACAUCAACAUAUCAUCAACCAGAAAGCAGAACAGAAUCACCUGAGCAGCAACAACCAACAUACACACUGAUGAACAACCACUGGAGAAACUUUGUAAACCUACAGUUCCAAAUCGACUCCGCCGCUACAUCCAACACCAUAUCGCACCAGGUCGUCCAGAAAUACUUUCCUGAUAUCAAGCUUCAGAAAUCGCGUUGUGUAUUACUUCCUUAUGGGAACAAAAGUGAGCCAAUCAGACCCAUCGGGAAAAUCACCCUUUUGUGCGAAAAGUUCAAAAAGUAUCAUAGUCUAGUGUUCCAAGUCCUUGACUCGAAGGACAUGAUCGGAAAGCCAGCUCUCCUUUCCGGUAAAGACUGUGUAAACAUGAAUAUCAUGACAAUCAACACAGGGGAUAUCUACUCUCUGCAACAGCAAGGCAACCUGAAUCAGCCAACAACCACUAGCCAACCAAAAACACAUGUUAACAAAACAAAGCCUUUAGAUACAACCCAUCCGCUGACCAAAGAGUCAUUAAUUGAAUGCUAUAAAGAUAGCUUUAACGGUGUUGGCUGUCUCCAACCACCAGUAUCAUUUCGGGUAAAAAAUGAUGUUACACCAGUUCAAAUGCCAAUUCACCAAGUACCACUGAGCAAACGUGGGAAAGAAAAAGCAGCUAUAGACAGAUAUGUCAAAGAAGGAAUACUGGAAAAAGUGACACAACCAACUUCAUGGUGCUCAAACAUACUUUGCAGAGAACAACCAAACAAAUUUCGUGUAUGCAUAGACCCCAGCCAAACAAUAAACAAAGCAAUAGAACGACCUGUAUACCAAAUGCCAACACUGAAUGAACAUCUACACAAACUGAACAAUGCAAAAUGUUUCACAUUAAUUGAUGUAAAGGAUGGGUAUUUUCACGUGCCGUUAGAUGAAAAAUCAUCAGAUAUGACAACAAUGCACACUACCUAUGGACGUUAUCGAUGGAAAAGACUUCCAUUUGGCAUCAACAGUGCUCCAGAGAAAUUUCAAAUGAGACUCAUGACAGCGUUAGAAGGACUAGAAGGUAUCGCACCCAUAGCUGAUGACAUCCUAGUAUAUGGUUGUGGGGAAACAUACCAGACAGCAGAAAGGGAUCAUGCCAAAAAUCUCAUUGCACUAAUGGAAAGAGCUAGAACCAAGAACAUCAGAUUCAACCCAGCAAAACUCAAAUUCAAGCAGAAAGAACAGAAAUUUGUAGGACACAUUCUUACACAAAAUGGCAUCAAAGCUGAUCCGGAGAAAACUGAUGCCAUCCUACAGAUGCCAAAACCACACGACAAAAAGAGCCUGCAACGCUUCAUUGGAAUGGUCAACUACUUAUCACCUUACUGCCAGAACUUGAGCACUGUCAUCCGGCCAUUGACUGAACUAACAAAAACAGACAUGGCGUUCACAUGGUCUUCAACACAACAGACUGCAUUUUCAGAUGCUAAAUCACUUAUAGCAUCUACACCUGUCCUACAAUACUUUGAUCCAGCUAAGAAGGUGAUACUCCAGGUUGACGCAAGUGACAAUGGUCUUGGAGGAACACUUCUACAAAACAACAAUCAAGAACAGUUACAACCAGUCGCAUUCACAUCUUGUACUCUCACUGAAACUGAGAGAAGAUAA